UCAGCUAAACCAAGGAAAAAGAAAAAAAGAAAGACACCAAAGCAACAUAGAAGGCAAAGCAUAUGCCAUUAAAGAGAGGGAGCGCCAACAGAGAGAGAAAAAGUUCUUUCAAUCUUGUUGUUGUCAUGGCUGUUCAAGCACAGUUGUAUCCAGAAAGACUUGGGCUUUUGCCUAUGGGUGGCCAACAGGAUUGCAUACUUAACGAUCAUGUUUCAGAGUUCGAUGCUGACUGGGGUUUUGCUUUUCAAGAGCCGCAACAACAAAAUCUCUUUCUUGAUCAAAAUAACUCUCAGAACUUUUGUUUUGAUUGUAAUAUUGGGGCUUCUUCUUCUUCUUCUUCUUAUUCAACAACUUGUGAUAGUUCUUUCUCCAUGUUUCUUUCUCAAUGUUUGGAUGUUCAGCUUGACAUGCAAAGGCGAGAAGUUGAUUGCAUGCUUCAAUUACAGGCUGAGAGGCUAAGAUUUGCUUUGCAACAGCAAAGAAAGCAGCAGUUGGGAAUCAUACUGAAGAGUGUAGAAUCAAAGGUCUCCUCUUUGAUAAGGCAAAACGAAGAGGACUUGGCACAAACAACAAAGAAAACCAUGGAGCUUGAGGUCUGCCUGAGAAAAGUAGAGCAGGAGAGUGAACAAUGGCAGAGACUAGCAAGAGAAAAGGAAGCUGUGGUCGUUGAUUUAAGCAACACGCUGGAACGAAUCAGAGAACGACUGGUCACACCCAGCAAUAAAGUCCAGGAUGCAGAGUCCUUUUGUUGUGGCUCAUGUGAUAUAGAACAAGUGGAAAGCCAAAAAAAGGUGGUUUGUAAAGGGUGCAAUUCUAGGACCUCGUGCGUUAUCUUUCUCCCUUGCAGGCACCUCUGCUCGUGCAAAUCUUGUGAAGCUUUUCUUGGCUCCUGCCCUGUCUGUAAAUCAGUAAAGGAAGCAAGCAUGGAAGUUUUCUGGGUCUAACAAGAAAGGCACAAAGGAGGCAAUGGAAAAGGAAUGACCAAAGGGUAAGUUUUUUGAAACAUCACAUGCUGAUGCUUGUAGUGACCCACACUAUCCAUUACGAUGUUUAUGGCUUAUUUUGUUCUUUGGCUUUUCUGGGUCUUUGUUUACCGAAUUUUUGCUGUACUGCUAGUGCUAAGACCCGUAUAUAUGUUAAAAUCAAAAUGUGAUGAUAGCUAGUACGAAUCACGGCAAAGAAUCUCUGCGUUUAUCCUUCCUAGGUUAAUUACAUAUUGCCUGAUUCGAGCUUAAACAGAAAGUAAAUCUUCUAUGUUCAUAUUAUAAUUUGUUUUGUCGAGAA